CCUGCUACAGAGGAAACAGUACAAACUUACACUCGCUUCUCCUUUCUCCACUGUGGUCUCAGGGCUGGCAGGGAGCCCCAGAUCCUUGUGACCUCAGCCAGCUUUCCCAGCCCUACAUGGGAAGAGAGAUGCCCUGGACCAUUCUGCUGUUUGCAUCUGGUUCCUUGGCUAUUCCUGCACCAUCCAUCUUCUUGGUGCCCCCCUACCCAAGCAGCCACGAUGAUCCCAUGUACAUCUCCUGUACAGCCCCAGAGGACUUCCUAGGGGCCAAUUUCACCCUGUUCCAAGGGGGAGAGGUGGUCCAGCUCCUGCAGGCCCCCUCGAAUCAGUCCGGUGUAACAUUCAAUGUGACUAGUGAGGCUGCUGGGGGGGACUUCCGCUGUCAGUACGGUGUGCUAGGUGAGCACAGUCAGCCCCAGCUGUCGGACCUCAGCCAGCCAGCGCGGGUCUCCUUCCCAGUCCCCACCUGGAUCAUGGUGCUCUCCCUGAGCCUGGCCGGAGCCGUCCUCCUCCUCACAGGGCUGGUGGCUGUCGCCGUGGUGGUCAGGAAAGCUAAAAUAAAGAACUUACAGAAGCAGAGAGAGCGUGAGUCCUGCUGGGCUCAGAUCAACUUCACCAACACAGACAUGUCCUUUGAUAACUCUCUGUUUGCCAUCUCCACGAAAAUGACUCAGGAAGACAUGGUGGCAACCCUGGAUGCCCAUCCUUGCAACUCAGGGCCUCAUAGGAGGCCCACCUCUACGCCAUCCUCUCCAGAGCUCCCUGAGUUCAGCACUUUCCGGACCUGCCAGUGAGGAAUGAGGACGGCUUGCUCUCCCAGCCCCACUGCCCACAGCUGCACAAGCUGGACAUCUGUGAGACACUCAGUAGUAGGGAGGGACUCCUGGUGUUGUGACCUUCCUCGAAGAAGACAAGAAAAAUAGUCAGGGUAUUAGCCUAGAGGCGGGACAGAAAGCCAGAGCCCCUUUGUAGAUUCCCUGGAUUGGUCAGAUCACCAGAGAAGUGUCAGCAUUGCAUCUGGACGCCCAGCUCACCUGACUUCCAGAUGGGGGUUUUCUGCUGUUUCUAGACAGGGUCUCACGGUGUAGCCCUGUCUGUCAUGAACUCACUGUGUAGACCAGACUUGCCUCAAACUCACAGAGAUCCACCUGCCUCUGGGAUUAAAGGUGUGCACCACCA